AUGAAACGUAUCAUCGGAGGGGCUACUAUCUCCACCGACGAUUUGACAAUGUCCAAGGCUGAUAGCGAUCUUGCAGAGGCAGUAUCUUCUGCCAUCGACAAGCCCAGAGAAUCGCCUCAUCUUCACCACCUUCUUGAGAAGGCUAACGAGAAAGGCCAGCUGACCACUCAAACCCUCAACUCGCUCAUGUACCGAGCUGUGAGUCGAGCUAACCUUCCUUGUAUUAGAGAGCUGAUCGAAUGGCUUCCUGCGUUCGAAAAUGAUGUAUCCCACAGAAACGUCAUUCACCGGUACCUUCUUCAUAUCGGUACUCAUCAUGGAGGAAAGACUUCAACUGAAGCCCUUAGGACGCUUUUGGCAGCAAUGAAACCUGAUCAGCGAGAGGCUCUAUCUGCUCCUGACUCCCAUGGCCGAACUCCCCUGCAUUAUGUUUGCCAGUUCGGCCUUCUCGAGUUUCUCAAGGUGAUUCUGAGUUGUCUCAAGGAAUGGGAGUUCAUUACUGCCUCGACUCCCCUUGAUGGACUUUCUUUCCAGGACUGCGAGGGUCUUACUCCUGUCCACCUGGCAGUUCUUGGAGGUCAUGUAGGAUGUGUGCGACUUAUUUGCGACACCACACCCAAACUUUCAGAUGGGGCUCUUGUUCUUGCAGCCGCUAGACAGAACUACGCUGAGGUUGUCAAGGUUCUGAUUGACCAUGGCCUUACAUGUGGUUUCAAGGAUCGCGAAGGUGAGACUCCUCUCUACGUCUGUGCCAAGAUGAACCUCAUGGAUACUUUGAGAGUCCUGUUAGCUCAUGAUGUGCUUCAGGUCUCUGUAGCUGAAUCUUCUCGAGGAUGGACUCCGUUGUUUGCUGCUUCUGCCGAGGGCCACACUGACGUCGCCAAGGAGCUGAUGAGCCAACCCGAGUGUGAUCUGCUUCGGAGAGAUAAUGAUGGCUGGCGUGCACAUGAGACUGCAGCAUUUAGAGGUCACGUGGAUCUCUGCAGAAUAAUCAUGGCCAAACUCCCCUUGGGUGUUGAUCCCAACGAGGACCUGGAUGAUUCACUAUCUCAGACCCCCGACAAGCCCAAGGUGAAGUCGGUGGCUGAGAUUCCUCAGCCAGAUAAGACCCUGGUGCUCGUGACUUUGGGCUCUACUGAUGUUCGAGAUACGCGUGGCUCUGUCACGGUCGAUGCCAAGCCCUUCUCCGAUCUCGAUACACAUCUCACUCUCGUUGUUAGAGCUACAAAUGUGGACCAACCAGAUGGUCUCCCUACGAGACAGUACGACGAGAUUGAUGGCGGAGCUGUGGAGCUUCCUGUGGAGGAGCACACCACUGAGCCUAUUCGGUUCUACACGUCGGACGCCUCGAAGGUCCAAGUGAUCUUCGAUCUGGUGCCCUCCCGAGACGAUGCUGCCACCAGUGCACGUCACGCCCUUGCUCGAGGUGUUGCUUCGGUUGACUCUCUGGACCCCUUGAAGCAGUCUGGACGACGAUGUCUACGAGACGUGCAUGAGGUUCCUCUUAUUGAGCGAAGCAGCAUGACUAUUGUUGGCUCUGUCCGUUUCCGUGUGCUCAUUGUGACUCCUUUCUCUCACCCCAACAUGAAGGUACGAUCCCAGGAGUAUUGGAAUUCUCUUGCCACUCGCGUCAUUGGUCACCGAGGUCUAGGUAAAAAUACCAACCCCCGAGGACGCGAUGAGUUGCAGCAGCAGCUUCAGAUGGGUGAAAACACCCUAGAGUCGUUCCUGUUGGCCUCGAAGCUGGGUGCCUCCCAUGUCGAGUUUGAUGUCCAGCUAACCAAGGACUUCCAGCCAGUUAUCUACCACGAUUUUUUGGUUUCUGAGGCUGGUAUCGAUGUCCCAAUGCAUGCUUUGACGGAGGAGCAGUUCUCGUCUCUUCAUGCACCUCCCCCCAAGCAUACCGACCGUCGCAAGGGCCAUAGAGGUGUCCCCAAACGGUCUGAGUCUCUUGACGUUGGAAGAACUCACCGUCACCGAGCAUUUUCUGUCUCUGAUGGCCUGGAGCGAGUUUCUGAGGGCGACAAGAUACUUGAAGGAACUGCACUUCAGCAAGAUGACCCUGACGCAGAUGACCACAUCACUCAUCGAAUGAAGUACACUCGUGACUACAAGAUGAAGGGUUUCAAGGGUAAUUCUCGUGGUAUUUCCAUUCAGGCCCCUUUCACCACUCUACGAGAGGUUCUACAGUCUCUCCCUCCCAACGUUGGCUGCAACAUCGAGUGCAAGUACCCCAUGCUUGACGAAGGACAAGCUGAGGAGAUGGAAGAGUUUGCCCUUGACCUCAACGUUUGGGCGGACAAGGUCCUCGAGUGUGUCUUUGAGUAUGGAGCAAACCGAGAGAUUAUCUUCUCCUCUUUCCACCCUGACGUGUGCCUCAUGCUGAACCACAAGCAAGGAGGUGUCCCUAUGAUUGGCAAGACUGAAGUCAACCCUGUCGGAUACCCCACCCUGUUCCUCACCGAGUCUGGAACUGCCCCCAUGUAUGACAUUCGAGCCUCUUCUCUCCAGGAGGCCAUUCGGUUCUGCAAGGAUUGGAACCUUUUGGGUCUUGUGUCCGAGUGUAGUCCCUUUGUCAUGUGCCCUCGACUUAUCCAGGUCGUCAAGCGGGCUGGGCUGGUCUGUGUCUCCUACGGUGUUCUGAAUAACAACCCUGUGAUUGCCAAGACCCAGAUCAAGCAUGGCGUUGAUGCUGUCAUUGUCGACAGUGUCAAGGCUGUUCACAAUGGUCUUCUUGAACCCGAUGCAAAGGCUAUCCAGGAGCUUCCCACAGUGGAAGGAUCUCCCCCAGAUGAGUUUGCCAUUGAGUAA